UUCAACUUCAGUGGUCAGAAAAACGAUUUACACAGCAUAUCCCAAAACCGGCAAAUGGAAGCCACAUCGCCGCUGCCAUGUUUCUCUCAGAGAUACCUUAGGAAUCAAGAAACAGAAAUUAGGAAAAGGUUGACUCAGAAUUACCUCGAGUCGCUUCACUCGACCAGAAAGCAACCGACAAAGCCGUGGAAGAAGCCUCCAUCUAUGGCGCCGACGCAUCCUAGAAUCUACAGAGUCGAACCUGUUGACUUCAAGGAGCUGGUUCAGAAGCUAACCGGACCGCCGUCGGUAUUGUCUCCUCCUGCCCGUGAAGCCGCCGCCGUUGAGGCCUUGGCUGCGGGCGCGGGCAAAGAGAGCGGCUUCAUGGGAUCCGACCUUUCGCCGUCGUCGUCUCGGUUCUGGGACGCUUUCCCGCUUCUUAGUCCUUCAAACCUCUCCAGAUGGUAGAACACAGCAGAGGAACAACACAUUUUUUUUUUCUAGGGAAUCCCCAACUCUGUUGGUUUGACCUUCCUAUAAACGAGGUCGUGGAUUCAACACCCAGAGUAUGGAGAUUCCCCUCCUGCCACAUUCGGGUAUUUCACAUCCCACGUGUGUUGUAGGGUCGUGCGCGUGGGUCGGGAUUAGUCUGGGCCUUUGACAUUGGAAUCACCCGAUUAUAAAAAAAACAACACUUUUUUCCUGUUUCUCUAGGGUUUAAGGUUUGAUGAGAAAUUAUACCGGUUCAAUUUUUGUGUUGGAUCUACGAUUAAGUGUCGAAACCAUAGCUUCAAUAUUUAAGAUUCUUGACAUGUUGUU